UUCUCACCAAGUUCAUCAGAACACCCGGAACACCUUCUCUACUGUCUACUGGUCCAAUCUCAGGCCAACCUCGAGAACGUAUUUGAAAGCUGAAUCUGGAGUCACAGCUUUCACACAUUUUGCAACUUGUUUUGGAAUCAGAUGAGGUUCUAGAACUGGUUUCGGAAUAUGUUCUCUAGUAAAACCAGGUUCCAAACCGGGUUCUAGAAGCAUAGCAGGUUCCAGAGUGGGCUCUAGAUAUACAGUGGGAUCAGGAUUCAGUUUGGGAGUCUCUGGGGUUGUUUCUGGGGUCAAAGCAGUGGAUUAAGAAACCGCAGUGAGAUCUGAAAAUGGGUUCCAGAGUUCCCUCCAUGUUUACUGUGCUGCUGGUCAUUUGGUGUUUGGCAUUUUCCAAUCCGGUUGGUUGCCACAGUAACAUCUCAUCUGAGCUGCCUUUAUCAGAGCUGAUGAUGCCAGGCCUGCCUGGUUUGUAUAGCACGGACCCACCACUAGCGGAGAUGGACCAUAGCAUCCAGAACUCAGAUCAAGAGCCAUAUCUGGUGCAAGAGACUGUGAACAAACCUUCAUCCUCUCUGGGGUCUGGACCAGGAAACUCAAAACAUGCCUUUGAGUUGAAACACAAACGUGAUAAAAAACCUCAGUUGUCUUCCUCCAAUUCCUCCAUAGCAGGUCUUAGGCGUCCGGUCAGCCUCCCAAAAUGCCUGCGGACCACAUCAAUCCAUACAUCCUUCAAAUACAUCAACACGGUGCUGUCCUGUUUGAUAUUUGCUGUGGGGAUCAUAGGAAACGCCACUCUGCUGAGGAUUAUCUACCAAAACAAAAGCAUGAGGAACGGACCCAACCUUCUGAUAGCCAGUCUGGCUCUGGGAGACCUGAUCUACAUCGCCAUCGACAUUCCCAUCAACCUCUACAAGCUCCUGGCCAUGCAGUGGCCAUAUGCCGAAAGUGCUUUCGGCCUCUUCCUCUGUAAGCUGUUUCCCUUCCUGCAGAAAGCUUCAGUCGGCAUCACUGUCCUCAACCUGUGUGCUCUGAGUGUGGACAGGUAUCGUGCAGUGGCAUCAUGGUCAAGAGUGCAGGGCACAGGUGUGCCAUUGGUCACUGCGGUUGAGAUCGUGGGGAUCUGGCUGCUGUCCAUUGUGCUGGCUGUGCCCGAGGCCGUCGGAUUCAGCAUAGUCUCCUUCAACUACAAUAACGUUACCCUAAGGGCCUGCAUGCUGCAGCCCCAGACGCCCUUCAUGACUUUUUACCGGGAUGCAAAGGACUGGUGGCUGUUUAGCUUCUACUUCUGCGUUCCUCUGGUUUGUUCUGCUGUUUUUUACGGCCUGAUGACUUGUGAGAUGCUCAGACACCAGAAAGGAAGUCUGCGGAUCGCACUGAGUGAACACCUCAAACAGCGUAGAGAAGUAGCUAAAGCUGUGUUCUGCCUGGUGUUGAUCUUCGCUCUGUGCUGGUUUCCACUCCAUCUGAGUCGCCUGUUGAAGCGGACCGCCUACAAAUCCCAUGAUGCACACCGCUGCGAAUUGUUGAGUUUCCUCUUGGUGCUUGACUACUUCAGCAUUAACAUGGCGACCAUCAACUCCUGCAUCAACCCCAUAAUCCUCUUCUUCGUCUCCAAGAAGUUCAAAAACUGCUUCAAGUCCUGCCUGUGUUGUUGGUGUUAUUCUGGCUCUCUCUCUAACAGUAUGCUGCCUCUCCACCAUGGGACCAGCCUGCAAUACAAACACACUGACCACUGAGGGGAAGUGAGAGAUCUGCAAUCAGCAGUUCAAACAACAACAAGGACGCCUGACGCGGACGCUGAAAGAGACAUUGUUGUGUUUGGGAGAGAACAGAAAAAGAUGGAGCGAGACUCUGUGUGUGUGUGUGUGUGUGUGUGUGUGUGUGUGUGUGUGUGUGUGUGUGUGUGUGUGUGUGUGUGUGUGUGUGUUUGUGUGUGUGUGUGUGUGUGUGUGUGUGUGUGUGUGUGUGUGUGUGUGUGUGUGUGUGUGUGUAAAAUGGCAAAUAACCAAAUAAACACCUCUAUAUCAUUGAUUUUUACCUUUUACAUAGUGUAUUUAUUCAGUUCUAAAUGUCUCUUUUUAUUAAAUACAAAUUACUUUAUAGUGGUAUAUAGUAGUGUGUAUUUAUUAUCAUGUUUUAUGUGUAAAAUACUCAACCUAUUAAAAUGAAAACAAGUCUGACGUUUAUAGCCUCACUGGCACCAUCUAGUGUCUGAAAUGUUUAUUACAUGCCCAAAUAAAUAUAAAGCUGCUGACAGAAUGAAGAACAUACUGAUUAUUUUUCUGUUCUUGGAGCCUCAGCUACAAGUGGAACAAAAAUAUGAUAUUAAUGUAAAUGAUUUAAAACUUUUAUCUCUUUAAUCUUUUUUCUUUUAUUGCCUGUAUCAAUAA